GUGGGCGACUCGGUGAUCGGACAGAUCUGCCAGCUGGGCGCGCCGGGCCUCUGCUGCAGCAGCGCGCGCCCCUGCACGACGAAGGAGCCGCCCUUCCGCAGGUCGCACGAAUCAGCUCAAGAGAUCAAGUUGGACGAGCUGCCCGAAUACAAGGACCAGGGCUGGCAGCACCUCUUCCAGUUCAAGCUGCGCGACGACAACAGCGCCGCUCCAAACACUGCCUACUUCGUGGCCCCAGAGGUGCACGACGAGAAGGAGACUGUCAACACAUCGGUGAGACUCGUGACCAGCUUCCUCGCGGAGAAGGGCACCACCGCGGACGACGUGCUGGUGCUGGGCUUGAUCGGCAACCACUACAACCACGGCCUGACGGUGUUUCAAGAGUUCGUGACCGCUCUCAUCCAGAAAGUGGUGAACCCCUUUCCUGGUCGCGUUGUCCUGCUCGGCUACAGCCCACAGCACUUCGCAGGCGGCGGGCACUUCAGCAGCGGCGGCGUCAAGGAGUGCGCCCCGAACCAGCUCCCGAGCGACGUCGACAUGCCCCGCAACUCGUUCCGCAGCGCCAUCUUCCUGCGCAGCGUGUGGCAAUCACCCGGACAUCUGGCGCACCAGAAGGCCCGACUCGUGGACUUCAGCGAGAUGCUGAGCCCGCUUUGGAACUGCCACCGCAACGCGGGCGACUGCACCCACUGGAAGGACACCGUCAUUACCCUCCAGGCGCAGCUCAUCCUCAACGCCCUGCAGAAGAUCAACUGA